CAUUCACAAGAGCUAUUCAGAAGGCGCCGUCUUCCUCGAGACUUUUCCAUGCUUCUAGCUGUACAUCCAUCAAUCGUCGCACAACAUGGAGAUCCAAGCAAUUGUUUCCGAGCCCAUAGGUGAAGGCGACGUUACAGUAGUCGCACCCGAGAAGAUCCAAGAGACGUUUGGCUCGACUAGUAUAGACCUCAUCUCCAAGCCACUAGGCUCCCGUAUCCUCUCCUUUUCUGAUGAAUGGUUUGCUGCGGCCGAGAACCUUACGACUUCGACACCGCCUGUACGCAAGCCAGGAGUGUUCACGCAUGCAGGCGCUUGGUACGAUGGUUGGGAGACGAGGCGUCACAACACCGAACCCUUCGAUUGGGUAGUCAUAAGACUGGGCGUUGCCAGCGGGAAGGUCAAAGGCGUGGAGAUAGACACGGCAUUCUUCAACGGGAACCACGCCCCUGAAAUCGCGGUCGAGGGCUGCUUCAGCAAUGAUGACGCAAAGGUCAGUGAUAAGAGCUUCGCGGGCUGGGAGACGAUACUUGAAAAGCAGGAGUGCGGGCCGAGCCAGCGACACGCAUGGCUGUUGAGCAAGAUUACGGAGAAGGCAUACACACACGUCAGACUGCUGAUGUAUCCUGAUGGGGGCAUUGCACGUUUCAAGCUGUUCGGAGUGGCGCUGCCGGUGUUCCCGCAGGAUGUUGACGCGGUAUUCGACCUUGCUGCGACUGUGAAUGGUGGAGUCGCUGUCAGCUGCUCGGAUCAACACUUUGGCACGAAAGACAAUUUGCUCCUGCCAGGGCGAGGCAUGGAUAUGGGUGAUGGCUGGGAGACCAAGCGCACGAGGGGUCCACAUAUUGAUUGGGCAAUUAUCAGACUGGGAACUACGGGGGAGAUCGAGCGGAUUGUUAUUGACACUGCUCAUUUCCGUGGUAACUUCCCGCAGAAGGUGCAGGUGUUUGCUGGGAGGUUUGACAAGGAUCCUGAUGCAGAUGAUGGUGCAUGGCAGGAGGUUUUGUCGCCACAGAAAGCAGGGCCAGAUCGCGAGCACGAGUAUGGAUCACAAGAGCUGAGCAAUGCACAGGGACAGACGUACUCACAUGUCAAACUGGUCAUUAUUCCUGACGGAGGUGUGAAGAGAAUCAGGGUGUUUGGGAGAAGAAGAUCUUGAUACUCUUGGUAUUAGUCAUUACAAUCUGAAUUCCUCGUGAUUGAGUAUCAUCCUUGGCGCAAACUCUCUUCUAGUAUUUCAAACCUG